UGCUGGUUUAUCGACCUGUGAAGAGCCAAGAGCGAUGUUCCUCUCUCCAGCCGGUGGCCCGGGAUCCCAGCCUCUGCUACUCUGGCUUCUGCUCCUCGCAGCCUGGCAGGCAGGGAGCGGCCAGCUGCGCUACUCGGUCCCCGAGGAGGCCAAACACGGCACGUUCGUGGGCCGCAUCGCGCAGGACCUGGGGCUGCAGCUGGCCGAGCUGGUGCCGCGCCUGUUCCGGGUGGCGUCCAGGGGCGGCGCGGACCUGCUGGAGGUGAAUCUGCAGAAUGGCAUCUUGUUCGUGAAUUCUCGGCUGGACCGUGAGGAGCUGUGCGGGCGCAGCGCGGAGUGCAGCGUGCACCUGGAGGUGCUGGUGGAGCGUCCUCUGCAGGUGUUCCACGUGGAGGUGGAGGUGAGGGACAUCAAUGACAAUGCGCCUGUGUUUCCAGCGACACGGAAGAAUCUGUCCAUCGCGGAAUCCAGGCUGCUGGACUCCCGGUUUCCACUAGAGGGCGCGUCAGACGCAGAUAUCGGUCAGAAUGCUCAGCUGACCUACAGCCUGAGCCCCAGUGAGUAUUUCUCCCUAGAUGUGCCAACUAACCACGAACAGAUGGAACCCCUGGCCCUGGUAUUGCGGAAGCCCUUGGACAGGGAGGAGGCUCCGGAGCUAGACCUGCUGCUGACGGCCAUCGACGGGGGCAAACCGGAACUGACUGGCAUCGUUCAGAUACUCAUCACUGUCCUGGAUGCCAAUGACAAUGCCCCGAGGUUCGACGAAAAGCUCUACACUGUACAGUUAUUGGAAAACACCCCUCUGGGGACGCUGGUCAUAAACCUCAAUGCAUCCGACCUGGACGAAGGCUUGAACGGGGAGAUUGGAUACUCAUUCUCCAGUGAUGUUUCAGAGGAUAUAAAAUCCAAGUUCCAAAUAGAACCCGGGAGUGGGGCGAUAACUGUCACAGGACUCAUCGACUUUGAAGAGUGUUAAGUGCAUAAGAUUCGCGUGGAGGCUACUGACAAAGGCUUCUUCCCUAUGGCUGGUCACUGCACAGUGAUUGUGGAAGUGGUGGAUACUAACGACAAUGCUCCGCAGUUAAUAGUAAAAACGCUGUCCCUUCCAGUGAAAGAAGAUGCGCCACUGGGCACUGUCAUCGCCCUCAUCAGCGUGUCCGACCGCGACUCCGGCCCAAACGGACAGGUCACCUGCUCCCUCGAGCCCCACGUGCCCUUCAAGCUGCUGUCCACCUACAAGAACCACUACUCGCUGGUGCUCGACAGCGCCCUGGACCGCGAGAGCGUGUCUGGCUACGACGUGGUGGUGAGAGCGCGCGACGCGGGCUCGCCCCCUCGCUGGGCCAGCGCCAGCGUGCGGGUGGAGGUGGCCGACGUGAACGACAACGCGCCCCAGUUCGCGCAGGCCGAGUACACGGUGUUCGUGAAGGAGAACAACGCGCCGGGCUGCCACAUCUUCACGGUGUCGGCGCAGGACGCGGACGCGCAGGAGAACGCGCGCGUGUGGUACUCGCUGGUGGAGCGUCGCGUGGGCGGGCGCGCGCUGUCGAGCUACGUGUCUGUGCACGGCGAGAGCGGCCGCGUGUACGCGCUGCAGCCGCUGGACCACGAGGAGCUGGAGGUGCUGCGCGUGGAGGUGAGCGCGCGCGACGCGGGCGCGCCUUCGCUGGGCAGCAACGUGACGCUGCAGGUGUUCGUGCUGGACGAGAACGACAACGCGCCCUGGCUGCUGGCGCGCGGCGCGGGCGGGCCUUUGGGGGCGGCUGUGGCUGCGAGCGAGCUGGUGCCGCGGUCGGCGGGCGCGGGCCACGUGGUGACGAAGGUGCGCGCGGUGGACUUGGACGCGGGCUACAACGCGUGGCUGUGGUUCGAGCUGCAGGCGGCGUCUGCGGGCGGCGCGCGCUGCCCGUUCCGCGUGGGCCUGUACACGGGCGAGAUCAGCACGACGCGCGCCCUGGACGAGCUGGACGCUGCGCGCCAGCAGCUGGUGGUGCUGGUGCGGGACCACGGCGAGCCGGCGCUCACGGCCACGGCCACGGUGCUGGUGUCGCUGGUGGACGGCGGUCAGGCGGCGCCGUCGUGGUCGCGGGCGUCAGUGGCGGCGUCCGCGUCGGCGGUCGCGCUGGGUGGUGCGUCGUCGCUGGUGGACGUGAAUGUGUACCUGGUGGUGGCGAUCUGCGCGGUGUCGAGCCUGCUGGUGCUGACGCUGGUGGUGUGGGCGGCGGUGCGGUGCUCGUCGGGUGCAGCGUCGGCGGAGGGCGCGUGCGUGUCGGGUCCGGCGGCGGCGGCGGCGGCGGCGCUGGUGUGCUCGAGCGCGGUGGGGAGCUGGUCGUGCUCGCAGCGGAGGCGGCAGCGGGUGUGCUCUGGGGAGGGCCCGCCCAAGGCCGACCUCAUGGCCUUCAGCCCCAGCCUCCCUCCGUGUCCAAUGUCAGACGUGAGCGUGGCAGAUCAGUGUGCUGAAUUGGACCAUGCUGGAAAGGAUGUCGUUGUUCUCCAAGAAGAACAUCCUUUUAACAAAAGGAAGCCAGAUUAUCGGAGGAUCAGGAAGAAGCUGUUCCGGUGUUUGGGCUAUUAA